CGCGAGUGAUGCUCAGAUCUGAGGAGUAGCGCGAUGGCCGUCGAAGCUGUUCACUGCAACCUGAGCCAGAAUGGCAUCGACCACCAGAUGUGUCCGGAGGACAUGACGUCACAGCUGGAGGAAGAUGAGGAGUCGGUGGACGCCGGGACCGUGCUGCUGGACGAUGACAGCCCGAGCUACCAGGACGUCAGCCCGCCCAUGUACCAGCGCCGCCCGCCGCCACACCGCUCCGUCUCCGAGUCUGAGCUGUCACGGCCAGGAUAUGUGAAGCUGUCCAAGCCGGUGGCCCUGUGGACCCAACAGGACGUCUGCAAGUGGCUGAAGAAACACUGUCCCAAUCAGCACCAGAUCUACAGUGACUCUUUCAAACAGCACGACAUCACAGGGCGGGCUCUGAUGAGAUUGACGGACAGAAAGCUGGAAAGAAUGGGCAUCAUGCAGGAAGCCCAGAGGCAACACAUCCUCCAGCAGGUCCUGCAGCUUCGCGUCCGGGAGGAAGUCAGGACCCUUCAACUUCUCACACAAGGCUGUGCUCCCCCAACAACACUCACACAUAGCCACAAACACCGACAUGAUGUGUCAGCGAGCAGAGAGGCGGCGGUGCUGGUUCUCAAGGACGCCAGAGAAUGGACGCGGCAGAGUCCGAACAACAUGUGCCGAUCUCGUAAGGAAAAGAGGGGCACCGGCAGGAUUCAACAAAGGGAACGGGAAGACUCUGACCCCGGGAUGCCCUGGGCCCCGAUGCAGCACCAGUCUGCCAGCCGCUACAACGGCUGCAGCUAA